AAAGAUAAUUACGUAAAAAAGAGAAGAGAGAGAGAACACGAAACCUUUUUAUGUUCCCCUUAAUGGCUUAAUGAUGAUAAAAUAACACGAAAUCGAUCUUCUCCAAUUCAAACUUGCAUUCUUCGUCUCCGUCGUCGCCGGAAGUCCUAUCUCUGUUGACUCUAGUCAUCCUCGACAAUUCGAAUUGGUUUGAUCAGAUUAAGGUAGAUUCUCUGGGAUUAGUUUUCUUCUGUGAGACGAGACGAUACAUGUUGCAUUUGGUUCUUUACAUCUAGGUAAUGAAUGAAGGCUAUGUGUGAUAGAUUUCUUCCUUCAAAAUGCUCUUCAUCAACCGCAGAUGAGAAAAGUGAUAAAUCCCCACUUAAUGGUUGGACAGUAAUUGUAAACACAGCUUCUUCCAUGGCUAGUGGCGCGAUUAGGAGGUUUCAAGAUCGUGUUUUAGGGCCGAGUAGGACCGGUAUUCCCAGCACUACUAGUGAGAUUUGCCUACUGGGUGUCUCUUAUAAAAUCUCUGAAGGUGAAUCUUCAGAAGAAGCAGAUGCUGGAUGUGUAUUGGAUGCUUUUAGACAAGACUUUUCGUCCUUAAUACUAAUGACAUAUCGCAGAGGUUUUGAGCCUAUUGGAGACACAACUUAUACUAGUGAUGUUGGUUGGGGUUGCAUGCUUCGAAGCAGCCAGAUGCUCUUUGCACAGGCAUUGAUGAUUCAAAGGCUGGGAAGGUCCUGGAGGAGAAAGGAUUCUGAGCGGCCUGAAGAGGAAUACUUAGAAAGCUUAGAACUUUUUGGUGAUUCUGAGGCUUCAGCAUUCUCCAUUCACAAUCUUAUACUAGCUGGAGAAUCUUAUGGCCUGGCUGCUGGGUCAUGGGUAGGACCAUACGCUGUUUGUCGAUCAUGGGAAUCAUUAACUCGGAAGAAAAGAGAAGAAACUGAUGUUAAAGACCAUUCGUGUUCCAUGGCUGUCCAUAUCGUUUCUGGCAGCGAAGAUGGGGAGAGAGGUGGAGCUCCCAUUCUCUGUAUUGAAGAUGUCAACAAAACUUGUUUGGAAUAUUCAGAAGGAGAAACUGAGUGGACUUCAGUUCUUCUAUUGGUCCCACUGGUUCUUGGACUUGACAAAGUGAACCCAAGGUACAUUCCAUCUCUGAUAGCCACUUUCAGUUUCCCUCAAAGCCUCGGCAUAUUGGGCGGCAAACCAGGUGCAUCAACUUACAUAGUUGGAGUUCAAGAAGACAAAGGUUUCUACCUUGAUCCACACGAUGUUCAACAGGUAGUGACAGUGAACAAAGAAACUCAAGAUGUUGACACAUCGUCUUACCAUUGCAAUACUCUACGUUAUGUUCCAUUGGAGUCACUCGACCCGUCGCUAGCUCUUGGAUUCUAUUGCCGGGACAAAGAUGAUUUUGAUGAUUUCUGUAUCCGAGCAACAAAGCUAGCUGGAGAAUCCAACGGGGCUCCAUUGUUCACGGUGACUCAAUCACACAGAGCCGGUGACCUUGGAAUUGCAGAAACCAGCUCUGUGGCAUCGUCUGCAGAGAUAUCUGGUGGGGAGCAUGAAGAUGAUUGGCAAUUACUUUAAACAAUUUCACUUGUCAUUCGUUUUCAUUUGGUAACUUUGUCCGAAUUGUCAAAGUUUACGUCUCAUGAAACCAUUCUUUCUCCACCGAUACUAAGAUUUGAUGUUGUGCUAUAAUAAAAUAAACACUGAUUAGUAUCAGCCA